AUGGUGACCUCUCUUCCUCUCGCUAGUCCCAGGUCCGAGAUGAACAGCAGCGCUGGGGAGCUGGGUGUUGGUGUUGGUGCUGGCGGCCGCAGCCCCUGGGACGACCCUGCUGGCUUCAUCGUGGUGCCCGCAGCCUACGCCUUGGCGCCGGGCCUGGGGCUGCCGGCCAACGUGGCGGCCAUGGCAGUGUUCGUCCGCCGCGGCAGGCGCCUGGGCUAGACCCUGCGUCUCCACCUGCUCAACCUGGCCCUGGCCGACGUGCUCUUCACGCUCACGCUGCCGCUGUGGCUCACCUACUACCUAGGCCCGACCCCCUGGCCCUUCCCGGAGGCUGCCUGCCGCGCGGCCGGGGCCACCUACUGCGUGUCCACCUACGCGGCCGUGGCCUUCGCGGCGCUCACCAGCGUGUGCCGCUGCGGCUCGGUGCGCCCGCCCGGCCCUGCGCCGCUGGGGCCCCGCCCGUGCCACGUGCGCCGCACCCUCGCUGGCCGCCCCGCAUGCGCUGCGCCCCAGGCCGGGCGGUGCCGCUCGCUGCCUGGAGCGCGGCUGGGCUAG